CGUGUCCCUCAUUCACAACACGAAGAAGAAGUAUCGCUGAUGUUGUGACUUGAGAGGGAAAUAUAAACGGAACUGCAGUUUACUCGCUUUUCACAUCAUAAAACGACCGCCGAAAAGCGACAAAGAAGCGGACAAACAGAGCAAUACAAUAUGCAGCGAGGCUCCCGUUUGAAGAGAGAACUUGACAUGUUGACCAACGAACCACCACCGGGGAUUACAUGCUGGCAGAUCGAGGAACACAUUGACGACUUGCAGGCUCAAAUAGUUGGUGGUACAGGAACUCCAUAUGAAGGCGGCGUCUUUUCCCUGGAGAUCAAAAUUCCUGAAAGAUAUCCUUUUGAGCCACCGAAAAUUCGAUUCUUGACUCCCAUUUACCACCCAAACGUUGACACUGCUGGACGUAUCUGUUAUGAGGCUCUCAAACUCCCUCCAAAGGGAGCCUGGAGGCCCUCCUUGAAUCUCCCAACACUUCUCACUUCCAUCCAAUUUCUGAUGGCUGAACCAAAUCCGGAUGAUCCUCUAAUGGCUGAUAUAGCAUCAGAGUUCAGAUACAACAAGCAGCUGUUUACACAGAAGGCCAGGAAAUGGACCGAGGAACAUGCUGUUCAGAAGAUGAAGGGAUUCUUGGAGACCAGCAACAAAGACAAUUUGCGAAAUCAGAACGUACCGUCACGCAAGAGAGCAUUGCCUGAUGCUGUGCAGGACCAAAAUGAGUUGGCAAAAAAAACUGCUUUAUAGUUUCAACCAUCUUUGUUUCAGCUAAAUAUUUUUCCAUGCAUCUGUAUGCAUUUUUUAGUGUUCAUUUUGUUAUUAUUUGAUGUAUUUACAUAUUUAUAAGCAUUGCCUGCUUGUUGCCUGUUUUGAGAAAGAGAAUACAGUGAUGUUUGCUCCAUAAAGCAUUGAGGGCUGAGUGGUUGCUGUACAGAAUAAAGCUUGUUUUAUUCAACCGUAUUUCUCACUUGUACAGUAUACAAUAGUAUUUACAACUUACAUAGCAACACAUGUUUGUAUUUAAUUCGUCUAUGAAUUGAUAUAUUUUAAAAAUAUAUAUUUGGUGUUUUAUAAUAGGAAAAGAAAGCUUUAAAAUCUGUAAUGACUCAAUAUUAGGGAUGCACAGGUACCAUUUUAUUUCAGACAAUACUUACAUUUGAGUAUUCACCAAUAUCAAGUACUUGCAAUAGUACUGAUGCUGAAAUGUUUUGUUUUAAUAAAUACUGUUUAAAAGCAUGAUGUGAUAACUUCUUGAACAUUUCAUACUAGUCACUUAAACUUUUUCUGGAGUAAAGUGUUAUCUACCAUUCACUUUUUAACAUUGAACUAUAUUGUUUUCUCCCUGUAUUGCUGCACUUUUCACCUAACGGUAAAUGCAGCUUGUAACAUAUGUAUUUCAGUUCUAAAGUAUACCUGCCAGGACAACUGGAGUUGUACAUUGUAAUACUUGUUGCAUGUUCUGGAAUUUGUUUUAAACAAAGGUAAUGAGCAGGUUGUCAUUUUUUGAGGUGUUAGAUUAUGUAAUGGUGGAGCAAUUAAGUAAUCAUUGAAUUUGUGAAACUUUCACUGUACGUGGACUUGCAUGUCUUAUUUUUUUUGCAUUACUAUAUAUACAACAUAGAUAUUGUACUGACAGGACAGAGAAGGGCCAGAGUGGGUGAACAACCCCACCAUAACAUUUCAUCUAAUGCUGGAAGCGGUGCAUCCCUACUUGAUACCGUGCUAGUUCAGAGGUAGUUACAUUGCAUAAAGUGUACACAUUGUUGGUCUACCCUAAAUGUUAAAAUAAAUGCUAAAUCCCAACCAAACUUUUUUUCCC